CGACCCCCCCACCCCGAUAUCGAGGUUCGUAUAUUAUUUUAAACUCUGAGUAUUUUGAUCGUCGUCCAAAACACCAAUCUGCCGUUUGCUCAUCAUUUUGGACUAUUCCCAUUCGCAUUGCCAGUACACGAAAAAUAAUUGACGCGGUGGUGUAAAUCGCGCUGUUGUAAUUUCUGCUAAAUCGGCCGAUAGGCAUAGCCUUCUGUUUUGAUGUCUUUGUGCAACAUCGUAGCACUGCGUUGGGACAAAAUGAGCAGCAACGGUGUGACCGAAGACGAUGAUUUCGGUGAUGAUCCGUUUCAUUCCGAAUUCGAUGAUUUGGAAACACCGCCCAGAUACAGACCCGAAAGCGUACAAUACUUUUGCCGGACAACGGGUUUUACAGAAUCGGAAAUUAAAAAAAUUUACCGCAAUUUCAAAACGGAAUGCCCGACCGGACUUAUCAAAGAAGACGCGUUCCGUGGCAUUUACUCGCAAUUUUUCCCUCAAGGAGCCAACAUAAGUCAAUAUGCUCACUAUGUCUUUCAAUCGUUGGACCACGAAAGAAAUGGCAUUCUAAAUUUUGAGGACAUGGUGCAGGGCUUGUGGACGCUGUCCCGAGGAUCGGUGGAUGACAAGCUCCGGUGGGCAUUCACGCUAUACGACCUGGACGGUGACGGGCAAAUUUGUCGGGACGAGAUGACACGCGUCGUGACAGCUAUCUACGAGCUGAUGGGCAAAUUCGCCGAACCGUGGCUCAAGGACGGCACGACGGUGGCCGCGCACGUAGAUUUCGUGUUCCAGAAAAUGGACCUCAACCGAGACGGGGUGGUGUCAUUUGAUGAGUUCAUGGAAAGUUGUAAAAAUGACGAGAACAUUACCCGUGCAAUGAUCUCAAUGUAGACAAGAGAUAUCGUAAAUAGAGAUGAUUUGUAUAAUAUUGUGAAUAUCGUUUUAAAAUGAUAUUAAACCUGAAAAACUGAUGGGCCACUACAGCUGGGCAACGUAAAAUCGUCAGACAUCAUAUGAAUGAUGAAUAGUAGUAUAAUAUUAUAUGAAAAAUAAUUUUUUUUUUUAAACAUUUUUUUUUUUUUUUUUUUGA